GCAGACACACCAAAGACCAGUUAAUGCUCUACGGCAACCUUCUGUAAGAACUUAUUUUGGACCAAAGAUUGAACUGCUUUUCACUUUGAAGGACCCUUAUCUUACUUUUUUAAGCACACAAUGGCAAAUGAGAGCAUACCCAUAGAGGAAAGAAAGGCUUCCAACGGUGGGGCUCAUGGUCUUUCUAAAGAAUUGCCCGAUCAGAAGAGUGUGCCAGAGACAUGUUCGCAGAAGUUAAAAAGGAUUGCCAGGGCAAAUAUGCUUGUGAUAUUGACCGUGGCAGCUGUUAUCGUUGGCAUUUUCAUUGGUCUUAGCGUGAGACAGGCACAACUAAGCGAAACUCAGAUAAUCUACUUUGGUUUUCCCGGAGAGCUCCUGAUUCGUUUGCUGAAAAUGAUCAUUAUUCCACUGGUAGUGUGUAGCUUGGUGUCAGGGGCUGCCAGCAUCGACCCUACAGCUUUAGGGAAACUAGGCGGCUGGGCAAUGUUGUUCUUCUUGGUGACCACGUUGAUUUCAUCAGCUGUCGGCGUUGUUAUGGCGUUCAUCAUUCAGCCGGGUUCAUCUGAAAGCGUCAAACCUAAAAUCAAUGGCGACGACAUCCCUGAAGCUAAGGAGGUGAUCGACUCGUUUUUGGACUUGAUAAGAAACAUCUUCCCCUCCAACCUGGUUGCUGCUACAUUUCAGUCGUAUACUACCAGCUAUAAGCUUGUUGCAAAAGAUAAGAAUGGCACAAACAUCACUCUGGAAAAGAUUCCAGUAGCUACAGAUGUAGAUGGUAUGAACAUCCUGGGCCUAAUAGUGUUUGCCAUGGUGUUUGGUGUGGCACUGAGGAAACUGGGAGAGGAAGGAGAGAUUUUGAUCAAGUUCUUCAAUUCCUUCAAUGAAGCAACCAUGGUGCUGGUGUCUUGGAUCAUGUGGUAUGCCCCAAUAGGUAUCAUGUUCUUGGUGGCUGCUAAGAUUGUUGAGAUGGCUGACGUGGGGAUGCUGUUUGCCAGCUUGGGGAAGUACAUUUCCUGCUGUGUGAUUGGUCAUGCUAUACAUGGCCUGAUAAUCCUGCCACUUAUUUACUUUGUAAUCACUCGGAAGAACCCUUACACCUUCCUUCUGGGCCUGAUGACCGCUCUUGCAACUGCAUUUGGAACUUCCUCGAGUUCUGCAUCAUUACCUCUGAUGAUGAAGUGUGUGGAGGAGAAUAACGGUGUAUCCAAGCAUAUAAGUCGCUUCAUUCUACCCAUUGGUGCCACUGUCAACAUGGACGGAGCUGCCUGUUUCCAGUGUGUGGCUGCUGUGUUCAUAGCCCAGCUCAAUAACAUUCCACUCAACUUUGUCCAGGUCAUCACCAUACUAGUGACAGCCACGGCCUCCAGUGUGGGCGCUGCUGGCAUCCCUGCAGGAGGUGUGCUGACACUGGCCAUCAUCCUGGAGGCUGUUGGUCUGCCCACUAAUGAUCUCUCUCUCAUCUUGGCUGUGGACUGGAUUGUUGAUCGCACCUGUACAGUCAUUAACGUGGAGGGUGAUGCUUUUGGGGCAGGGCUACUGCAGUUCUUCACAGACCGCACCAGUAAAAAAGAGGUGAUGGAGCUGAGUGAGGUGCGAUCGGAUAAGCCUGAGCACUCUCCUCUCAUUGAGAAACCUGCCGGACUGGAAACUUCUAGACCACAGGCCAGUGAGAGAGAGUCCAUCAUGUAGACUAACCUAAAAUUUGAUUCCAAAUAUGUUUCUGCACUCUGAAUCGAUCUUUACUACGAGGGAGAAAGUGUGUUUUCAGUGAAAGGGGGACGACAAAACGGUCUAGGCCUGGGUUUUCACAUUGUAUAAACCCUUUUUGAAGCCUUACUUUUGAGAACAGGUGAUGGUUUCUGUUUUUCUACAGCACCUUUUGUCUUAUCUGAAAUGGGUUUCAAGCCAAAGCACACACAGGAACUGUGCCAAAAAUAAGUUGAAUGUUAGUGCUGCAGUAAUAUUCCAUUCUUGGGUCAAUGGUAAUGUUACAAGAUUAUUUUCAAUUAAAAAUUACUGUAGAAUGAAGUAACACUCCAUAAUCAUUUUCUGUUAUAGGUGAUGUUACUUUGUGUGUGUGUGUGUGUGUGUGUGUGUGUGUGUGUGUGUGUGUGUGUGUGUGUGUGUGUGUGUGUGUG